CAUGUGGAGAUGAUUUAUGUGAGUGGGAAGACAACCCAUGUUAUGUUUUGAUUUCUCACAAGCUAUUAUCCUUCACUGGGGCAAAUCUCUGCGCCUCGAGACCACUCAUUUCAUGUAGAAGGCGAUACUCUUUCAUCUAUAUAUACACAAGAGAUCAGGUUCAUAACCAACAACUCAAGUCUCUCUCCUUGCCAAGCAUCAAAGUCUUCUCUGUUUCCCAAGUCCUCUGAAUUCUUUCUUGUUCAAAUUUUCCACUUGAGAAUAUAAAAACCAUGGGAUUCCGAUUGCCAGGAAUUGUUAACUCCAAGAAGGGUCUAAACAAGGCUGCUACUUCAAACACCGUAGACAUCCCAAAAGGCUACUUUGCAGUGUAUGUUGGGGGGAGCCAGAAGAAGCGAUUUGUGGUUCCAAUAUCAUACUUGAAUGAGCCUUUGUUCUUGGAUUUGCUAAGUCAAGCAGAAGAAGAAUUUGGAUAUGAUCAUCCAAUGGGUGGUAUCACAAUCCCCUGCAGUGAUGAAACCUUCAUUCAUCUCACUUGCAGCUUAAGUGUAUGAAUGAACGCAAAUGAAGUGAAUCUGGUUCAUAUCCAAAUCAGCCUCAGUUCGAUCAGAAGAACUCGCCGUGUCAAGAUGAAGUAGAGGCUGU